AUGGAUAACACGGAUUCAAAAGUUGUUAAAGAUGGUAAGAGCUACAUGAUGGAUAAAGCUGUGGUGAGUUGUGUUAUGGAUGGUGAAAAAGCUGAAGAUCAUGUGAUUGGCGAAGAUGAUAGUGAUUGUAAUUCUUUGUUGCCUCCUAGGAGAGGUGGAAUGUCAAGGAACUGUGAUAAGACAAGAAGGAAAGUUCAGUGGAAUGAUAAGAAUGGUAAUAAGCUUGCUGAGGUGUUGGAAUAUGUACCAAGUGAUGUUAGCGACUCAGAAGACGACGGAGAUUCAGAUUCUUGUAUCUGUACAAUAAUGUAG